AAAGGAAUAAACGAAAAAGGUGCGCGCUAAACCCUUCGCGCGCACAUCCCCUGGCGCCACCUAACGGCUCGCCGAAACGGCUUCGCGCUUUCUCAAAAGUGGGACUGCGGACAAAUCACAGCCAUUCACAUUUCGCUAGAUCUGCAAUCCACGGCAUUUCAAACAUCCCUCGCCGCCCCGCGCACAAGUUUCGAAAACACAAAACUCCACUUAACAAGACCCUCAAGUCCGCUCAAUAGAAAUGAUCUCAGACCCCAAAAUCCCCAAAAGCCCGAAGCAUUCCCCACACUUAGAUCUAGCUCCAGACGAGAGAAGAAGAAGCGUUUUCCAGUUUUUCUUUUAGCAGAGACGGAAAAUGGCGGAUUUUGAGAUUUGCCGUCGAUUUCUCAAUCCAUGCUUGCUUCAUCUACAGAAAAUGGGUUUGGAGCUGAAAUGCCCCAUCUGCCUAAACUUGCUGAGCCAGCCAAUGUUGCUGCCCUGUAAUCAUAUAUUUUGCAGGUCUUGUAUUUCUAGACCUAUGGAAUUCGGAUUGAAAUGCCUUGUCUGCAAAUCACCAUUUGUUAAUCAGGAUUUAAGGUUUGCUCCACACAUGGAAACUAUGGUAUCCAUCUACAAAAGUUUGGAUGCUGCUUUUGGAGAUGUUGAGAAGUCUUCAAACCAUCAUCCAGUCCCGAGCAACUUAGAUAUUGUUGAUGCAUCAAGAAGGGAACAAAAACAAAACCUUCAUAGAGAAAAUUCAAGCAAUGUGCAAACAUAUCUACCUUCUUUCCUGGCAAAUAAACGAGUUCAGGCUUCUCUUCAUCCUACCAAAAAUGAGGUUGAAACUCCUCAGAGCCUUGUAAAAUCUAGUAAGCCAAGAAAUGAUGGAGAAAGUGCUGACUGUAUGGGAUUGGGUAACCAGAAUGGUGAAUAUAGCGCCAAUGAAGAGGCUUUGGUUAAUGGGAGAGAUCCCGCUUCAUCACCAUUUUCCUUGUUAAGAGACCCUGAAUACGAAGAGCGUGGAACUCAUGAAAGAGAUGUGAGUCAGCUGGUACAGUCAUCCCCUGACAGCCCUCCAUCGUUUGGCGACAUCAAGGAUUCUGACGAUGACAGCAAUGAUCAAGGCAGUGAGCAUAGUGCAGAGAGGUUGUCAUCUAAGGGUGCGAGCAAGAAAGGACCAGAAGAUGGGGCCAGCCUAGAAGCAGAAGUUGUUUUACGCUGUUCACCAAUAACAGAUCCUUCAGUCAGGAAAUCAGAUGUGUCAAGGAAAUUAAAUGUUAGAAGCCCCUCCUCAUCUGAAGGGGACCAAACCAGAGACUCAAAGAGACAGAAGAAGUCAGAUUGUGGGCUUCCUGAUUUGAUGCAGCUGUCCAAUCCUUCUAGCUCUACGAACACAGGUCCAGCUGCUGUAUGUGCAUUUUGUCAGUCCUCUAAAUACUCUAAGGCUACUGGACCGAUGUUGCAUUAUUCCAACGGGACAGAAAUUGAGGCAGAUCAAGCAAUCCACUCCAAUGCCCUGCAUGUUCACAAGCAAUGUGUUGAAUGGGCACCCCAAGUGUACUUUGUUGGUGAGACUGUUAAGAAUUUGGAGGUGGAAGUGGCAAGGGGUGCGAAGAUCAAAUGCAGCAGUUGUGGGAAGAAGGGGGCUGCCCUUGGUUGCUAUGCCAAGUCCUGCCGGAGGAGCUUUCAUGUUCCCUGUGCAGUUGAAAUAUUAGAAUGUCGGUGGGAUUUUGAUAACUUCCUAAUGCUAUGUCCAGCUCAUUCUUCACUCAAAUUACCCAAUGAAAGGUCCAAGUCUGGGAAGAAGAUUAGGGCAAACAAAUUUUCAGUAGCUCAACCAGCCUACCCACAAACUUCAGAGGAUCUUCCCUCUUCAACAACCCAAAAAUCGAACAAACAUUGGACGGCUUCACCUGAUGCAACUAGGGAAUGGGUUCUAUGUGGGUCCGCACUCUCAUCUGCCGAGAAGGAUUUAGUGUCUGAGUUUGCAAGCUUAACUGGUGCAACUGUCACAAAGGUUUGGAAUACGAAUGUCACCCAUGUCAUUGCAGCUGCUGAUGAUAUGGGUGCUUGCAGCAGAACUCUGAAAUUUCUCAUGGCCAUCUUGAACGGAAGGUGGAUUUUGAAAAUUGAUUGGAUAAAAGCUUGCAUGGAAGCUAAGCAUCCUGUCUGUGAAGAGCCUUAUGAAAUCAGCAGUGAUGUUCAUGGUAGUUGUGAUGGCCCCAAAAAUAGCAGAAUCAGAGUAAUAGAGAAGGCACCCAAGUUAUUCAGUGGCCUAAACUUCUAUUUCAGUGGGGACUUCAUGCCCUCGUACAAGGGAUACCUUCAGGAUCUGGUGGUAGCAGCAGGUGGUACUGUCCUAGUGAAAAAAGAUAUGGUCCCACAGACUUCCAGUACAAGAACGACUCCUACAUCAACCUUAGUUAUUUAUAGCUUAGAUCCAUCACAGGAAUGCAAAUCAGGACAGUUAUCUUCAGUUGUACAGCAGAGGUUGGAAGAAGCAGAAGCCAUUGCUGCUGAAACUGGCUCUCAGGCGGUGGGCCAUGCCUGGCUUUUAGAGUCCAUAGCUGCUUGCAAACUGCAGUCCCUCGACUUGUGAUGAAAAUCGUUUUGCAAUUUUUUGCGAGAUGAAGGGUCCAGGUCGGGUCACAGAUGUUGUAACGAUAUGAACAUGGUAAUUCUGGAUGCUGUUCUGUCAUUAUAUAGCAACCCGUUGCUUGGGAAUCAUGAUAUCCUUCGUAUGCGGGGUCCACUUUAGUGAUCCAGACCAUUAAUAUGAUGGGUCAUCAUACAAAGA